AAACCGACCAGUUGCUCGACGCGUAUUGCCACCGUCACCGCCGAAUUCAGUGAACGCCGCGCGCGUGUGUCGUUCGAGUGCGACCGCGGUGUCCACGUUGGGGCCGCGAACUUUCGUAGUUCGUAACGACGUAAUAUUAUAUUUGUUUUAGAAGAGUUUCGGCCGAGUUACAAUAUCGUUAUUAGAGAUGAGUACACAAUAAGUUGUCGAUAAAAUGCUUUGAUUUUCAAAAAUAGGGAAGCGAAACAGGAAGAGAAGGAGAAUAUAGCUAGACUAUGAUGGAUUCAUUGCUGACAAAGUGGUGUUUCAUGCUGUGUUUGGUUCUGAUUGCAGAUUGCAAUGACCUAUUCGAACUAUCGGCCGUCGUACCCAGGUACGCCAAACUGGGGGAGACAGUGGUGCUCAAAUGUAACCACACGGUGGUUGAAAACCAACUUUACAAGGUCCAGUGGACCAAAAGCGGUGACAAAUUGUUCCAGUAUAUCAGAGGACGUGUACCACCGUACAUCAAUCACACAAUUCCUGGAGCAAAACUUGACUGGGGUCAAACAAAACCUUCAGAGUUGGCACUCAUGGACGUACAACAUGAUGCUUCUGGCCAAUACGCAUGCACAGUAACUACAGAAUCUCCAAUAUAUAGUAAAACAUCAGAAUCUCAUGACCUUACAGUCAUAAAAAUUCAAAAUACCGAUCCUACGAUUGAAAUUUUCAAAGAGGUGUUCAAUGUAGGAGAUAUUUUGGAUGCCACGUGUACAUCAGGGCCUUCCAAGCCUGUCCCCGAAAUCACAUGGCUGGUCAACGGACGAAAGCCACCGGAUACCUAUAUGAAACCAAUCGUUAAGGCAUUGUUGGACUCCGCCUCCGCAAUGAGGCUCACAUUUCCGGUGUCGGAUAAACUUGGCGCCGAAGUUCAACUGACGUGUCUAUCCACUAUACCCGGAUUCCUAAAUCAUAAAGCUGACUUCCAUGAUUAUGCCGAUUAUAGGUCGUCCUCGGUCAUAGUGAGCGUGGCAGCCAAAUCUGAGCCCGUGACUGCGGGAUGCGGAAAAGAAUUUAUUAGCAUCGUCGUCUUUGCAGCGACUGCCGCCGCCGUCGCCGCCGCUACGUUUCAGACGUAAUUUACGAGACGGAUUCUCAAACAACAAUUCGACGGCAUGUGUAUGCGUGCAAUUGUGUAUAAUGUAUACAAUUCAAUGUAUAAAUAGUUAGUAUACAUUAUUAGUCAUACAUUUUACGAAUAUAUAAAUAUUAAAUGGUUUAAAAUUAUUCAUGCAAACGGGCACGCGAUUACCUUUGGAAUCGUAAUCUUGAAGAUUAUUUUACUGUUAUAAUACGUUGUGGUGACCCGCUGUGGACGUAAACAGUGUACUGUUUUAAUAUUGUAUAGAAAAUUACAUAAUUUUAUUGUCUGCGUGUAUCGUGUAUACAGAUAUUUUUUGAUCGGCUGAAUCGAUUUACUGAUCUUUGUUUGAAGGACAGCAGAUUAUUUUAAAAAAUGUAUACCAAUAUUCAAACGAUGAUAUUUUUUAUCGUUAAAGCGUUUUCAAACCAAUCGUCCUUCUGUGUGUCACCAUCACGUUAAUAUAUUAUAAUAGUUAUUAAGUUAACGUACGCGAUCUUUUUUUUUUUUUUUUAAUUAUAAUAUUUUGUAAAUAAUAUUUUUAACUAACUAGACAAAGUUUUAAAUUCCUAGUGAAUGAGAUUAUAAACUUAACGAAAUCAGCGCUUCUAAAAUUGUUUCCGUGUCAAUUAAAAACGUAUUUGGUUUUUCAACGUCGAGUGAAAUAAUGUUGUACAAGAUACAUACAAGUAUGUUAUAAAGAAAAAUGCUCUAUGUAUUUAAGAGCGACGUGCACGUUAAAUUACAGUUGAACUAUAUCAUAUAAUUUGACCGGAGGUUGUUCUUGUUACUUAUAACUUACCUACUGCAUCGUUCUAAAACAAAAAUGCAUUUAUUUCGCGUUAAAUAAUAUUUUAUCAGAUAAAUCAUCCGAAGCGACAAAUAAUAAUUUACGAGGGAUUAUUUUUGAAAAUCACAAUUAUUGAAUAUUUCAUUUCUGUUAUUUAUUACUAUUUAAUAUACGUUCACAAUCAAAUUGACAAUACUGUAAUUGAAUUAAACCUUAUUGAGUAAUUAGAAAAAAAAAGUUUUUAAAAUCAACCGGUAUUUCAACUACUUGUAAAACACUCAAUAAUACUAUUGUUUCAAUCUCUUGAAUUUGCUAGGUAAUUUUUUAUUAUUGUUAUUAUUUAUUAUUAAAAUAAGAUAAUGCUGUCAAUUAUAUACGCAUAAAAAUCGCCUUUUUGAACGGUUACUGCGAAAUUUACCCUUUUUAUGUUAUACCUUGACCUAUCAUAAUAUAUAUAAUAUAUAUAUAUAUAUAUAUAUAUGUAUACGCUAUACAUUAUUGUGCUAUGUGUUUAGAUAAUUAUUAUUUUUAUCUACGUUUAUUGUAAAAAGUUUAAUUUUACUUACUGUCUGUAAAAUGUACAUUGCUAUAAAGUCUAGGUGUAAUGUUAUUGUUAGAAAAAAAAAUAUUUAAAAAUGUUUAAAAUAUUGUUACUCCAAAUGAUACAAUUUUAUUUCCAUAAACUGUAGUUGUUCUUAACAAAAAAAAUCACGCUAAGGUUUUGCCAUAUUAUAUUAAAUAUAAAACGACAUACGAUGUAUUAACCAUUAAUUAUUUAACUUUUUAAUUAAUUAAAUAAAUUAUUUCAAACGAUGAAUAAUAAAUCGAAAUCGUUUUCACAUUUAUUAUUAAUCUAAUCAUUCAAGGAUGAGUUUGUUUUUUUUUUUUUUUAUAAAGUUGGAAAAACAUUUGAGUACCACGUACGAAUUUUAUCGUUUUUAUUCAAUUUUGACAUUAUAGUAUUAAACUUGUAUUAAAUAAUGAGAAAAAAGUCGCAUUUUGUUACUAAAAACGUUUUUAAUUAUUAUAUGUUAUUUUAAUUUGAACUCGUCGCUUGAAAAUAAUAAUAAUGACUGUAGUUUGUAAGAAUAAUGUAAUCAAAUCAUAUUAUAUAAUAUUAAUUUAAAAAUUAUUGUCGUAUGUAACAGUAAAAUGUAUUUAAAAAAUAAUAAAUAACUAUAUUUAUUAUUAACAUUAAAAAUUCAAAACUCAAUCGUCACGCAAUAUUAGUUGAAGAAUUAUGAUCAUGAGCGUGACACAAGCGGCAAGCGCUAAAAAAAAAUGUUUUCUGCGUAUCGUAAUAAUGUCAUCAUAUCUUGAUACAUUAUACUAUAAUUAUAUGUUACCUACAUAUUAUAUUAUAUGUACACAUCAGUUGUAUUAACGUAUUGUAUGUUUAUUAAAAAUAAAUUUUAAGUUAAAA